AUUUAUAUUUCCGCUCCUCGCCUCGCCUCGCCUCUGACCUCUCCCUCUCCUCCGCUCCCCCAUUGCCCCUCGCCCUCCGCCUCGCGCCCUCCAGGAGCUUCGCAUCGCGAUCGCCUCCGCCGCCGCGAGCUCCCGUCCCAUGGUGGGCGCGCCCGCCGGCGGCUAGGGCUCCCGCCUCCCCCACGGUUCGCCCCUGCCCGGCCCGCAAUUUUCCGCGAUUUCUGGGGCGAUUUCUCCGGAACCCUCCGCCAUUUGUCGGCGCUGCUCCCCCGAAUCGUACGCAGGGCUUUGGCGGGACUCCUCCUAAGGCGGAGGAGAUGAGCGGGGAGGUGGAAUGCAGCGUGUGCCACGCCAAGGUUGCCGUGCCGGCGGCGGCCGUGUCCAAGGCCUACGACAGCCACCGGAGCACCGUGUCGUCGCGGCAGCGCGCGCUUAACGUCCUCCUCGUAUCCGGCGACUGCGUCCUCGCCGGCCUCCAGCCGAUAUUGGUAUACAUGUGUAAAGUGGAUGGGAAAUUCAAAUUUAGCCCAGUCAGUGUGAACUUCUUGACAGAGAUUACAAAAGUUAUCUUUGCCAUCAUCAUGCUGUUCUUCCAGGCUAGGCGUGUAAAGGUGGGAGAGAAGCCACUUCUCACAGUUUCAACAUUUGUGCAGGCUGCCCACAACAAUGUUCUUCUCGCGGUGCCUGCUUUUCUCUAUGCCAUCAACAAUUAUUUGAAGUUUACAAUGCAGCUAUACUUUAAUCCUGCGACAGUGAAAAUGCUGGGUAAUCUCAAGGUUCUGAUAAUUGCUGUGCUCCUAAAGGUGUUACUGAGGAGGCGUUUUUCCACAAUUCAGUGGGAAGCCCUUGCUCUGUUGUUAAUUGGAAUAUCUGUUAAUCAGCUGAAAUCACUGCCUGAAGGUUCUACUGCACUUGGUCUUCCUGUUGCAGCUGGGGCCUACCUAUACACACUAUUUUUUAUAACAGUUCCUGCAUUGGCCUCAGUUUACAAUGAAAAGGCUCUGAAAAGCCAGUUCGAUACCAGCAUAUAUCUUCAGAACUUAUUUUUGUAUGGAUAUGGUGCAAUAUUUAAUUUCCUUGGGCUUGUGAUCACUGCCCUCAUCCAAGGGCCUCGUAGCUUUCACAUUCUGGAAGGGCAUUCAAAGGCCACCAUGUUUCUUAUUUGCAACAAUGCUGCACAAGGCAUACUUUCGUCAUUUUUCUUCAAAUAUGCAGAUACAAUUUUGAAGAAGUACUCAUCCACAAUCGCCACAAUCUUUACUGGGAUAGCGUCUGCUAUACUGUUCGGUCAUACUCUGACUAUAAAUUUUGUUCUUGGAAUAUCGAUAGUAAUUAUAUCUAUGCAUCAGUAUCUCGCAAACCAAAUUAAGGAUCAAGUGCCAAGCAGCAAAAUUGAGAUGUCUGAUGCUGAGGAUGACAGCAGAUUAGAGGAAUCUGUAAUUGUCAAAGUUGACACGGUGGCAAGUGAGGCUAAACACCGCCAUGGAUCUGAUGAGAGGCAGCCACUUCUUCCCGUCUGAUGUCGUCUAGGAGUUCCUCCGGUCCAUAUGUAUAUCCGAACUCUUCCUUUCGACAGGGAGAUGAGCAGCGUAGAUGUCGCAAACGCAGCGUCUGCACCUGAAGCAGAGCAUGUGAUGAUUUAUAUAGCCUUGUAGCCUUUUGACCUGAUGUUCCUGAGGCUGCACUAUGAUGUUUAAAGGGGUACUAUCAGAGAGAUGCCCAUUCGGUAGCACGAUGGCGAGCUUGCUGGGAUACUGUAGAGGGGAACAAAUGAAUUGACCUUGUUGUCGUGAAACUGAUGUGAUGGAUUAAAGAAUAAAUAUAUUCAGCAUUUCAGCCCA